UUUUCAUCUCAUCCCCAACAAUAAAUCCCCGACCAGUUAAUACAUCUUCUCUAUAAUGACUCAAACCAACCCAUCCGGAUUUACCGCCCAUAUACAGUCUGUUGUGCCAGAUGGAACGCGAAGUGCACUUAUCCAACAAGUGCUUCCUCAACUUCUCCGAACACUUCCGGACAUUGCCCAGGCCCUGCGAUCUACAUCAGUGUCCGAAGCCGGUAGCGCCAACUCAUUUGGCGAUAAUCAACUGAAUGUUGACGUCCUCGCGGAAAACAUCAUUCGUUCCACCGUCGCUCAAUGUCCUUCAAUAGUUGCCGCGAGUAGCGAAGAAGACCCCAACGAGACGAGCACGAUCGGAGAGAAUGUCACGGAAAAAGAGCAGUAUACUAUAGCCUUCGACCCUCUGGACGGCAGUUCCAUUAUCGGGCCAAACUGGACGGUCGGCACGAUCAUAGGGAUCUGGGAUGGUCAAACAGCGAUUUCGGAGACGGAGACCCCUCGACAAAAGCAAAUCGCCGCCAUUCUUGGAGUACUGGGACCUCGCACAACCGCCGUUGUUGCCAUACGCGUACCCGGGGGAACCCCAACUUGCUUUGAAGUCAGUGUAGCAAACAACGAGAUCAACAUUAUUCGACCGAGUGUACAGCUCCAAUUGCAGACCAAGACGCGCUACUUUGCCCCCGCCAACUUGAGAGCAGCGCAAGAGAACCCAAAGUAUCUAGAACUCAUCAACCACUACAUAUCCCAGAAGUAUACACUUCGGUAUAGCGGCGGUCUUGUCCCUGAUAUUUUCCACGCUCUUGUCAAAGGCCACGGUGUGUAUAUCUCUCCGAUUACGUCAAGUAGCCCAGCGAAACUACGUAGGCUCUACGAACUUACUCCUAUUGCACUUGUCAUAGAGUGUGCUGGUGGCGCUGCGGUAGAUUCUGCAGAUGGAACCGAUAUUCUGGAUAGACCUGUUCGCCACACGGAUGAGAGAGGAGGGCUCGUGUGCGGCAAUAGAGAUGAGGUAGACAUUGUGCGCUCUAAGUUGCUUACAUAAAAGCUAGCUUCUUCGUUUAUGACGCGACGGGCCGAAUCUCGAAUGUAGAGCCUUGUAUUGAGUAGUACAGGAGGCCCUGAUUCAUGGCUCUUUAGCAAUGUAGAAUUGGAUAGCUUCAUACUUUACUAAGCAGUUAGAAGACAGCUUGAAUGGCUUUGAUCUAUUGUCUUCACUAUAGAUACAAGCAGCCGAUGAAGAUCUUGAUAGUUGGCAAACUAAUAGGACGUGCAUACUAGUAGCGCUAUCAAGUAAGGUCGAUGAGAUGUGAUCUUCUCGUCUUAAUAAAUCAUUCGAAGCUUUCAAAUCAAAAUAUC